CAGCAAGGGGUUUAUAUUCUUUCUCAAGACAUCUAUAUACAUGGAAAACGAGCCAAUCAAUGCAUCAUUUGGAACUGUCUGUUCGUCAGGCCGCAUUCCACCAGCCCUACUUCCUCCUACUCCUGACUCCGAAAUCCAAUCCCAUCCCUUCCCUCCAAAGCUCACAUGGCUUCCCCCCAAAGAUGAGGUGGACGCCUCGCAGACCAAACAACAGUGGGUAUCAUAAGAAAAGGCGAACAAUAAAAGACCGUGCAACAGUGCUUGUGGGCUGCGGUGUGCGAUCAACAGCCACCUGUUCGGUGUGGCCUCAGCCACGUGGCAAUAGGGCCAAGCUAGCGGUGAAACUUGGCGACAACGAACCAAACCACAUCUUAAGGACUUGAGAACCAAAGCAUAGACGUGGUCGGUUUCUGCCUCGGCUGGGGUGAAACACUGCUUCUUCCCCUGGUUCUAUCGGUGUACACCGCUGCCCUGCCCAGGCGCUGCAAGGUGGC